AUGGCCAUCGCCGGUCUCUGCACUAUCGUCUUUCUCAUCCUUGUUUUUUGGAGUGUUAUCCACGGUAGUUACGGUGUAUCUGAAUACUAUUCAUUCUCGACGACGAGCUCUUUCUACCCUGUAUCUGUUGAUCCCGCCGGCAAGACGACCCAAGACCUCUGCGCUACCUUUCCCAAGCACAUGCUUCAGACGAUCCAGCCUGUUCUGAAGAUGGGCCACGCCGACACAAAAGAUAAACUCGAUGCUCAGUUUGGGAGUGUUAGCGCGUGCUUCGAAAAGGACGAGUUGCUGGUUUACUCGGACCUCGACGAGAUUGUUCAUGGCCACCAAGCGAUCGAUGUCCUCGCCGAUUCACCCUCCAUUUACUACCACGAUAACCCCGAUUUCGUCAACUACAUGUGGCAGAAAGAGAUGCGAGCGAACGGAACUCUGGACGUGGACAAGGAAGCCACUGCGCGUAUACAAGGCUGGAGAAUGGACAAGUUCAAGUUCCUACCCAUGAUUGAACGAGCAUGGAAGAUGAAGCCCAAUAAGGAGUUUUACUUUUUCUUCGAGACAGAUACAUACGUCUUUUGGGACAACGCCUUCCGCUUCCUCCAAACUUUCGACCCCGACGCACCGUUGUACAUGGGUUCUCCGUCACCUGGUAGACAUGACGUGAAACAAGACAUCAAGACAUGGUUCGCAAACGGCGGGCCGGGCUUUGUGCUCAGCCGCGGUGCGAUGAAGGCGCUUCUCGUUCGUAAGACUACCCCGUACGGCCAGUACGUCGAACCUCCGGUCACGGAAAAGUGGCUUCCCAUGCUACGUGACGAUUGCUGCGGUGACAGCGUAACGGGUUGGGCUCUGUGGAACGUCAGCGUGCCGUUGCGUGGAUACUGGCCGCUGUUCAACCCGCAUCCACUCCAUAGCAUCCCGUUCAGCGAUAAGUACUGGUGCCAGCCUGUCAUGACGCUACACAAGACACGGCCGGAAGACAUGACUAGUGUAUGGCGAUGGGAGUUUGGGCAACGACAAUUAGGUCGUCCGUUACUUUACUCUGAUGUCUGGAAAUUCCACCGUCCAGGAGAUCGUGAAGUUGCUGAGAACUGGGACAAUGGAAAAUGGGACUUUUGGGUUGCGCCGCCCGAAGCAAGAAUCGAUUCAUUCGAAGCAUGCGACAAGUACUGUAGAGGCAACAUCGACUGUCUCCAGUAUACUUGGCGAGGCCGAGACGAGCAAAAAUGCGUCCUCUCACGAUCCUUCCGAGUCGGCGACCCAAGACAACCAGAGAAGAUUGAAGUGCCCUUUGUGAAAGACGACAAGGGCAAAAUCAUUCCCCCACCAGCGGAUAACACAGAUCGAUGGGUAGAGUUCAAGUCGGGCUGGUUGACCGACCGGAUUGAGACAUGGAGGGAGGACAGGAAUUGUACAGAAGUACAAUGGGUUGGCCCUAGUAUCAAGAGAAUCUUUUGA